ACGCCACCUACCGUCCGAAUGCGUGCUCGUCCACGUCCCAAGACGCACGUUCACGUGAGCGUGUGCGUCACAAGCGUGCAGCUUCACUUUACGUGCCUCCUUGCCUGUGCAUCUGAGGGCAGAUGUUUCGAUUUAAGUCCCUGGAUGAAGACUGCACAUUGGAAGAGGAAGAUGAGGGAUUGGCAGAGGAAGAAGAUGAAAUUGAUCAGUUUAAUGAUGACACCUUCGGAGCUGGCGCCAUCGAUGACGAUUGGCAGGAGGAACAUAAGCGCCUUGCUGAGCUUGAUGAACGAGAUGGGCUUGGAGAAGGCGUUGGUUUAGAAAGAGGGGGGGUGGGAGGAGAACCAGAAGACCCGUCCUCCACCUAUGUUGCGUCUACUGCUGACCAUCUCCCCUUUCAGUCAUCCCUCUCUUUACCCCACUACGCUUCUUCCUCAGGAAGACCACAGGGAGAUGUGGAGGAUGGAAGAAGUGAAGGUGACUUGGCCGAGUCGCUGGCAAGACUUGUCCUCGACGCUGACCCUGCUAUCGCUGGAGUCGGGGCUGCAGAGAGGCCUGGUUUCCCCCACAAUCAAAGGUCGGGGCAUGACUCAAGACCCAAAGUCUUGCACCAGCCUUCCGCCCUUUCACGUUCCACUCGCCUUCACCAGCAGGCUCCAGGGCCUCCCAGCACAGGCCUUCCUACCGGUCAUCCUCCCUCAUCAAUGCUCAGUUACCAGCAGCAACAACAUUUACUCCGCUCUGGACCUGGCCAGAUGAACUCCCACAGUAUCUGGGAGAACAGUAUGGGCUUCGGACCAGUCAGUGUUACCCCCGGACUAGUUACACACAUGGAGGAUAGUCCAUUAAUGUCCAUAAUAAAGGAGGCAGGACUUCCAAAGCGUCCAGCUCAGGGGAGGAAUGAUGAAGGACGUGAUUUAUCGGAAAGAGUUCCACCUCCACGCUCUUCUUCUCCUGUGAUUGGCUCACCUCCAGUGAGGGCGGUUCCUAUUGGGACUCCACCCAAGCAACCAAUGGCUCACAGCUUAAAUCAUCAGAUCCACCAUCCCACAGCAGUUCACGUGAGAGCCCCAAUCCAGCACAGAUACCCGCCUCCUUUCCCAGAACGUCUAUCACCAAACACUCUACUCAAUUUAGCCAACUCGCCACUAUGUCGUGGCCCAUUUCCUCCAGGGGUGGGUCCAGUGCUUUCACAGAUUCAACGGGCCCAGCUUCUCAACUCUCAGGUGGCAGGUGUUCGUGGUAGUCCAGUGCCUCCUUUGUUACCUGGUGGAGGAGGUUUCAGGCCGUUUUUCGGUGGCCCACACCCUCCGCAUGGGCACCGAAUGGGUCCGCCGCCACUUCAUGGCCACCCCAACCACAUGCCACCCAUCAGACACACUGCCACCCACCUUCAUCCUCAACACCGCCGCAUGCUCACUCAACGCAUGCAAAACAGAGGAGGGGACCGCAGCAGGACUGGAGGGGACUGGCACAACAGGGACCCAUACAGCAACCUGAUGACUCAGAAAGAGAAGGAAUGGGUUACUAAAAUCCAAAUGAUGCAGCUUCAAAGUACCGACCCUUUCUUGGAUGAUUACUACUAUCAGAACUACUAUGAAAAGAUGGAGAAACGCCAGGAGAGAGAAAGCGACAGCAGUAAAAAAGAACACACGACCAAGCUCAUCACUCCACAAGUUGCCAAGAUUGAACACACUUACAGACCAGUUCAGUUUGCAGGGUCUCUGGGUAAACUGACAGUAUCCAGUGUCAACAAUCCUCGCAAAAUGAUUGAUGCCGUGGUAACGAGUCGCUCAGAUGACGAGGAGAAGAGAGAGAAGCAGGUUUGGAAUAAGAGACGGCAAAUUCUGUACACAGUGGAAAAGAUCUACAGUUUGCUGCUGGAGGUUCAGGACUUUGAGAAACGUUUUGUCCACGCACCGGAAGAGGAGCGGGAGGCUUUACUGGAGCAGCACAAAAGCAACACCAUGCAGCUGUGUAGCUCGCUGCAAGAAAAAGAUUGGGACGACAGGGUAAGCGAUGAUCGCUGCGUGAUGAUCAUGUCGGUGAGGAAGGGCAAGCGCCUCAUUUCCAGGCUCCUCCCCUACCUGCCUUCCUCUCAGGCUGCCGCCGUUGUUAUGGCGAUUGCCCGCAACCUUCCCGCCCUCGCCAAGAAGGACAAGCAAGACCAGGUCCUGUGCUGGUUAGUGGAGCCAGUUUCUGCUGUGAUCAUGUCCAUGUCGAGUGCUGCCCUCACAGACUUGCUCCAGGAGCUUCAGGGCAGUGAAGGCCAACUAACUACAGUGCUACAUAACAAGUUUGGCGUGACGCUUCUCUAUCUCAUCUUGAGCCAAGGAGAGAGAAUGCAAAGCUCUGACCCCAACUGUCAGCUGAUGGAUGACAAUCGAUGGACGGAGCUGGUGUUCUCUGUGACCAGGGAGUUGCUGAGCAUUCCCUCUUCAUCCCUCUCAUCUCCUCUCUUCACACCUCCCAACUUGCUCUUCCUCUUCUCGCGCUAUGUGGACCGCCAGCGCUUGGACUUGCUACAAGAAAAACUACAGAUCUCUACUUUGGCCAGGUAGAAGUUUCUACACGCAACCCCCACCAUAUGUUGCAGACAUGAGUGUGUGUGUGUGUGUGUGUGUGGCAGGCACGAUGAUGGUUUUAAUCCAUCUCAAUCUCUUGUUUUUUCCUGUGUGUGUGUGUGCACGCGCAAGCGUGAGCGCAUACUUCAUUGUGUCUGAAUGAGAUUGAGAACUUUUGAAUGCUAGCAAUGCCAUCUGCAUUUUUAAACAUAUUGUUUACAAUUGUACCUUGAAAUUAAAAGUAUUUCUAUGAUAAAA